UUUGCUUCGUCUAUGUUCUUAACCCCAUUUUUGACUGGCGUCGGCAAAAUCAUAAAGCGACAGCAAUUCCAGGAGUCUCUGCCCAGUCACCAUGAAGCUCGACGUGACCGCAAUGCGUUACCUUACCAAGGAGCACUUCCGCGUGCUGACAGCCAUCGAAAUGGGCAUGAAGAACCACGAGGUGGUGCCCGUGGAGCUCAUCACCAGCAUCGCCAAACUGCGUCAUGGUGGUGUGCAGAAAAUUCUGUCGCACUUGCUUCGUAACAAGCUCAUCGCGCACGACGGCAACGCCUACAACGGUUUCCGCCUCACUUACAAUGGAUACGACUACCUAGCGCUGCGUGUGUUCCUGCAGCGCGGCCACAUCACGGGCUUGGGCCGCCAGAUCGGCGUUGGCAAAGAGUCCGACAUCUACCUGGCCACACAGGAGGACGGCACGGAGGUGGCCAUCAAGUUCCACCGUCUUGGACGCACGUCGUUCCGCGCCGUUAAAUCCAAGCGAGAUUACCUGAAGAACCGAAAGUCAGUCAGCUGGUUCUAUAUGUCACGCCUCUCGGCUAUGAAGGAGUACGCCUUCCUGAAGGCCCUGUACGACCGUGAUUUCCCGACGCCGACGCCUAUCGACUGCAACCGCCACGCGAUCUGCAUGAGUCUUGUAGAUGGCUACCCGCUUAACCAAGUGCGCCGUCUUGCCAACUCGAAAGAUGCCUAUGACACGGCCAUGUCGAUUGUUGUGCGACUGGCGGAAUACGGACUGGUGCACUGUGACUUCAACGAGUUCAACAUUAUGAUCGGAGACGAUGGCAAAAUCACCAUGAUCGAUUUCCCGCAGAUGAUCUCGACGUCGCACCCGAACGCUGCUGAGCUGUUUGAUCGCGAUGUGCACGGACUCGUGAAAUUCUUCUCGCGGCUGCAAGGCGGCGCCUACACACCUGACCGUGUUCCGAAGCUGAAGGACAUCGUGGCCGAUGAAAACGUCCGAUUGGACGAGGAUGUGGAGGCAAGCGGCUUUGGCAAGGAGUUUGGCGAAAAAGUGCACGACCUCUCGAUUUUCUCGGCUCACCAGAACGUUGAGGAAAGUGACAGUGACGAUGAUAACGAGGACGAAAGUGAAGAGGAAAGCGAAGGAGAGGAAGAGGACGGCGACGCAGAGGUACCGGACCUUGUACAAGGAGUUGAAGCCACGACUCUUGAUGACCAGGCCGAUGGAUCCGAGGAGGAGAUCAGCGGUGAAGUCGACGAUGAAGAAGCGCAGGAUUCGUUCGCUGUAGAGAACGAGAUCAUUAAGCAGCGAGUGCAACGCGAUCGACAGGCACGCCAAAAAGCAGGUGGCAAGCGACGGUCGCGCAACUCGGCCAAGCUCAGCAUUAAGGGCAAGCUUUACCACAAGAACGACUGGUAAACGUACGAAGGAUAGUGCAAAGGCAUUUUAUCGCUAGCAUCAUAUUGUAGACCGCUGAUCUCGUAAUACAUUUUCUUGCUUGCAGCUCUUGAAUUUGUAUUAUGAGGUCAAAUAAGAAUUCGGUUGCGGCGAGAGUCAUCGCAGCGGGUAUUCGGACGGCUAUUGAAUAACACAGGAUGCGCUUUGCGCAGCUGCGUCUCCCAUUUCCUUGAGCACUUUUACUACA